AUGCCUGGAUCUGCUGCAUCAUCAUCUGGCACUCCAAAUCCCGGAAAUCAUUACCAACCCCUGGUGGAGCUGGACCUUCCAACUAUUUCCUGCAAUUUUGCAAUGGCUGGAUCGCGCGUCCGCGCAUGCAUCGCUCAAUAUCAGAGGGAAGCUGUUAGCAAUGUUCCAUCUGCUGACAAGAUCAUGUAUUUCAAGGCCAGGCUGAAGUGGGAAAUAAAUACGUUUGUUACACCAGUCCUGCAGUACUCCGCUUCAAAAAACAUUCUGUCAGUUGUGCCGGUCCCAGUCGCAUAUAUCCUUAAGUUGUAUCCGAUGCUAACCUGGAACACGGUUCCGGACGACGUUUUUUCAUCCCACCUACUUGCGUUUGAUGAUGAAUCAGUUCCGGGACAUCCGUCCAGGAUUGUGCAGGAUUAUGUAUGUCCAUGGUGGAUGGGAAAUGCCAGAAUCCCGGAUGAACCAUGGCAGUGGGAUUUGGUCAUAGCCUGCUGUAUCAAACAUUACCAGUGUUGGGCGUAUGGUGUUGAGGAUGAUGGUAUAAUUCUUCCUGAGAUUGUGAAGGACACUUCAUUUCCACCACUGGUGGGACUCAGGUGGAUUCGAGAACGCAUGGUAGCAUUGAUGGAGGAGCAAGAUGAUGGUAUCCAAGCCAAGAUGGGAGAGGUGGAGAUGUACACUGAGAUGCUAGAGAGAUUGAAGAGAGCCAAAGGAGUGUAA